CAGAUCUCACUCCCUAUUUUCUCAGAAGCCUAAGCAGAAGCAGCAGAGAUUCCAGCUUCAAGCACAAGCACAAACGCAAACGAAAACGAGAAAAUUUCAAUAAUUUCCCAACUUUAACCAUGAGUACCAUGAAAUUUUGCCGUGAAUGUAACAACAUAUUGUACCCGAAGGAAGACAAAGAGCAGAAGAUUCUACUUUAUGCUUGCCGAAAUUGUGAUCACCAGGAGGUUGCUGAUAACAAUUGUGUGUAUAGAAAUGAGAUACAUCAUUCUGUUGGAGAGCGCACCCAAGUCCUGCAAGAUGUUGCUGCAGAUCCAACACUUCCACGAACAAAAUCAGUUCGUUGCGCUAACUGUGGUCAUGGAGAAGCUGUUUUCUUCCAGGCAACUGCCAGAGGAGAAGAAGGAAUGACGUUAUUCUUCGUUUGCUGCAACCCCAACUGUGGCAAUCGCUGGAGAGAUUAAAUUGCAUAUUGUGCUGCAGAAUGCACAUUGUAGACUGGUAAUCGCUGAUUUUUAACUCAAUAUCUUCAUUUGUAUGGACUCGUUAACUGCAAGGAACAUCAAACCGAUGAACGCCAGGCUCGGUUUUUGUUAUAUUCCCUUAUUUUCUUGAA